GCGACAUCUAGCCUACAGUCAAAGAUGGGACAGGAAACUGUGAAUGAUGCUGAUGCUGCGACGGACAGAAAUAACGCGACGCGUUUCCGUAGUUACCUGCAUGGUGGUACAUCCAGCCUGGUAUCCACGCUGACAACUAUUGCAACAUUCCCGCUAUACAAGACAGUGUUUCGCCAACAGCUGCACAAUACAGUUGUACGAGAGGCUGUAGCUCAACUGUAUGGGGAGGGGUUGCGCAAGCUUUACCGCGGCGUUACUCCUCCGCUUUUUGUCCGGACACUCCAAGGCACACUGUUAUUCGGCGUUCAGGACACCCUACAACGUCGUUCCUCUCGCCUGGUCCCGGAGCACUUCCCCAGACCUCUGCUCCAGGCCGCAGCAGGUGUGGGUACUGGCGUGGUGGAGGCUCUGGUGUUCACCCCGUUUGAACGUGUGCAGAAUGUGCUCCAGAACGGCAAAAACGACCGCCGCCUCCCAACCCAGUGGAGCGUCCUGGUGCGUUUGAGCUCUGAGCCGUUUGCCCUCGGGUUCUACCGAGCCCUUCUGCCCAUUAUUGCCCGCAACGCCCUGGGCAGCGGCCUCUACUUUGGCCUGAAAAACCCAGUGAGAGAUGCCUUGGACCGGCAGGGUCUGUCCCCCAUGGCCUCCUCGUUCACCUCAGGGGCGGUCAACUCACUGGUCAUCAGUCUGCCACUCUACCCGCUCUCGGUGCUGGUGGCCAACAUGCAGGCUGGCGUCGGGCUGGAAGAUGCUGGGAGUGGGCUGAAGGCGAGUGCCCGCAAGCUUUGGGCGGCUCGCCAGCGUAGUGUGGCGCUGCUGUACCGCGGAGGCUCUCUGGUCAUCCUGCGCUCCUGUGUCAGCUGGGGCAUCACCACGGCCAUCUACGACCGCCUGGAGAGAGGCUCGUGAGACAAAACCACACCUGCUGGAUGAGACAAAGAAGCACACCUGAUGGAGGAGGGAUGGACACAGCCUAAGACACACCAGAAGUUCUUACCAGGAACACGUCAGGCUCGGUCUGGGGGUACGACCACUCCAGCGAUGAUGACUGGCUCUUUGUCUGUCAUUUGACCGGCUCUUUGUCUGUCAUUUAUCCUCUCUCUCUUUCUUUCUUUAUUUCUUUCUCUCUCUCUCUCUUUUCCUUUGUGUCAGAUAGAGAGAGGGGUAGUGUCCAGUGGUGU